AUGAGUCAUAUGAAGUUUUUUAAAUAUUUCUCGGAAAAGAAUAGGCAGAAGAACAACGCCCCCCCGGAGAGCUCCUGCGGCAUGUCAUUUCACAAAAAAAAGUUUCGAAAAUAUUUACACUUUUUAAUCAGCAGAACUAAGGGGGAAGGCAAAAAAGUAAUUACGAAUAAAAAGAACAACCUGGAGAAGGAAGAGCAAAAAGGAGGAGAGAAGAAUGGCAGCAUCCCCCCAAUUGAAAACAGUAAUACGCAACGAAAGUCCAUCAAAGUGGAAAAAAAUGGAAAACACGCAAAUAAGGCAAGUGAUGCAAAUAGGGCAAGUGAUGCAAGUAAUGCAAAUAGGGCAAGUGAUGCCAGCAAUGCAAACAGUGCCAUUAAUGCCAGCAAUGGCAAGAUUUCAAAAAAGAAGCAUUUUAUUGACCUUUUCGCACCAAGCAAACACGUCAAAAUGAGAAAACACAGCAACUGCCUUAUGAAAAAAGAAGGAGUGUCGCGCAAUAGUGUAGAGAGGACCAAAUUAUUUAAACUCAAUUACGAUUAUCACAAUAAAAGAAGGGGGCAUUUAUUCAAGUUUCCAUUUUUAAAGAGAAAUAAUUACAAAAAUGAGGAAAUUGAAGACUUUAUGCAAAUGAACACUACUGCAGGACUUGAAUUUUCGACGGAUUCCCAGAUGAACAAUUAUAAAAAUCAGGUAGACAGAAGAUAUGGCUGGGCCCCUUCGUAUGGAAUUCGAAAUUUUUGCAAAAUGUACUCUAAGGGGGGCAUUUUUCAAAAUUCGAAAAAUGCGCAUGGAGAGAAUGGAGACAUGCUUACCAAUAACAUGUACAUGUAUGCAAAGACCAUCUUAGAGGAACAAGGUCGAGGGGGGAUGCGCAAGCAGAAAUCGGCUACCCCCGCUAAGAAGGCCGAAGCUGCCAAAUCGUCCAAGUUCAAGGGGUUC